AUGAAACUUGAGGGGGGAAAUGCUUCUGUGUCUAUGGUCAACUCUUUCCUCCCCAAAGAGGAUGGUUCUGUGUCUAUGGUCAACUCUUUCCUCCUCAAAGAGGAUCGUUCUGUGUCUUUGGUCAACUCUUUCCUCCCCAAAGAGGAUGGUUUUGUGUCUUUGGUCAACUCUUUCCUCCUCAAAGAGGAUGGUUCUGUGUCUUUGGUCAACUCUGUCCUCCCCAAAGAGGAUGGUUCUGUGUCUAUGGUCAACUCCUUCCUCCCCAAAGAGGAUGGUUCUGUGUCUUUGGUCAACUCUUUCCUCCCCAAAGAGGAUGGUUCUGUGUCUUUGGUCAACUCUUUCCUCUCCAAAGAGGAUGGUUCUGUGUCUAUGAUCAACUCUUUCCUCCCCAAAGAGGAUGGUUCUGUGUUUUUGAUCAACUCUUUCCUCCCCAAAGAGGAUGGUUCUGUGUCUAUGGUCAACUCUUUCCUCUCCAAAGAGGAUGGUUCUGUGUCUUUGGUCAACUCUUUCCUCUCCAAAGAGGAUGGUUCUGUGUCUUUGAUCAACUCUUUCCUCUCCAAAGAGGAUGGUUCUGUGUCUUUGGUAAACUCUUUCCUCUCCAAAGAGGAUGGUUCUGUGUCUUUGGUCAACUCUUUCCUCCCCAAAGAGGAUGGUUCUGUGUCUUUGGUCAACUCUUUCCUCCCCAAAGAGGAUGGUUCUUGA